CGCCUGGGAAAGUGGGUUAGGAGGGAGCGCGGGGCUGGAGGCUGCACAGCCACAGGACUAUCCCCCCUACCGCAUCCCGGUGGCACAGGAUUCCUCUUGUUCCUUUUUUUUUUCCCCCGCUACUCUUCAUCACUCUAAACGGGUCGAUUUAAUUGUUAUUAUUCCGUAGUUAUUCUGCUCCCUGACUUUUUUCGUCUUGCUUCAUUUUUUUCCCUUUUUUUACUUGAAGGAUCUGCUAAGAAUUUUUUUUUUUUUUUUUUUUUUUUUGGAAAGCCAAAAAAAAAAAAAAAGGCAAGGAAGGGAAAGAAGCCAGCAAGAGACUGAAAAGAGCAAGACAAAGUGACAGCUGAGGGCUGUGAAAUCACCUCCCCUUUCUUGGGCUGUCGAUCAGAACAAGAGUUGUACAUUAUUAUUAUUAUUAUUGUUUUUCUUUCUGCAUCUAUCUGUCCAUAUACGCAAGCAGAGAAAGAGACAAGUACUGACAGUGAAACUCGGCGAGACCAGCCAUGGUAGCAAGGGCUCAGCCUGAUCGGAAGCAAUUACCGCUGGUCCUACUGAGAUUGCUUUGCCUUCUCCCUACAGGGCUGCCAGUCCGCAGCGUGGAUUUUACCCGAGGUACCGAUAACAUCACCGUGAGGCAAGGGGACACAGCCAUCCUCAGGUGUUAUGUAGAAGACAGAAGCUCCAAGGUGGCCUGGUUAAAUCGUUCCGGCAUCAUUUUUGCUGGAGAAGACAAGUGGUCCCUGGACCCUCGAGUAGAGCUGGAGAAGAGAAACCCCCUGGAAUACAGCCUGCGGAUCCAGAAAGUGGAUGUCUACGAUGAGGGGUCCUAUACAUGUUCAGUGCAGACACAGCAUCAUCCCAAGACUUCCCAGGUUUACUUGAUUGUGCAAGUUCCACCAAAGAUCUCAAAUAUCUCCUCAGACAUCACCGUGAAUGAGGGCAGCAACGUGACCCUGGUUUGCAUGGCAAAUGGGCGUCCUGAGCCUGUCAUCACCUGGAGGCACCUCACUCCUACAGGCAGAGAGUUUGAAGGUGAGGAGGAGUACCUGGAGAUCCUGGGGAUCACACGAGAGCAGUCGGGCAAGUACGAGUGCAAAGCCGCCAACGAAGUUGCCUCAGCAGAUGUCAAGCAAGUCCGGGUCACUGUGAACUACCCUCCCACCAUCACAGAGUCCAAGAGCAAUGAAGCGGCCACGGGACGACAAGCCUUACUGCGGUGCGAGGCAUCAGCAGUGCCCACGCCUGAUUUUGAGUGGUACAGAGAUGAUACCAGGAUAAACAGUGCCAAUGGUCUGGAGAUAAAGAGCACGGGGAGCCAGUCUCUGCUGAUGGUGGCCAAUGUCACUGAGGAGCACUACGGGAACUACACCUGUGUGGCUGCCAACAAGCUGGGAGUCACAAAUGCCAGUCUAUACCUUUACAAACGAGUUUUACCCACACUCCCCAAUCCUUUUCCAGGACCCGGCACAGGGAGAGUAGACAACGGCUCCAUGAGUUUGGCCGUCCCACUGUGGCUUCUGGCAGCAUCCCUUCUCUGCCUACUCAGCAAAUGUUAAUACAAAUCAGAAUUAAAAUAAUAAUAUUAAUAAUAAUUAAAAAAACAACACAACAACAGCAACAACACACAAAACAAAAUGCGUUAUACAGGAGACAGAGCGAAGAGAGGGGAGAGAGAAAAAAGAGGGGGGGAGAGAGAGAGACGACUGUUUCUUUCACAACUUUUGUGUGUUCAGGAGCGAAGAGGGGGGAGAGGAAAAAUUACAGCAAAGAAGACUCAGCAACAUUUAAUCCAAAACCUGAAAAGCCGGCUCUCAAGUCAUCGACUGCCUAGGAGGCAACACGAAGCAAGAAAGAGAACGGGGCACCAGCAAGGAUUGUGUUGCCAGAGGAUGCUGCAAUGUAAACAAUCCAACAAAACCUGCAAAGCCAAUCAAAAAGAAGAUCCCUUUUCUUUUCUCUCCUCCUUCCUCUUUUCCAUACUCCCUCACUUUCCUUCCUUCCUCCUCUUUCUUUCUUUUGCAGAAAGAGGUCUUUGCUUCGGUGUCUAUAGCCAUUAAACUUUUUGGAUGCCCUGGGUCAUUUUGUGAGCUAAUGCUCAGCCAGUUCAUACUUUUAAAAACAAAUUUAAAAAAAAAAAAAAAAAAAGAGAUAAAAGAAAAAAAAUAGCAGCCACAAACCAGAGCACGUCACCUGAAGCUCUCUGCACACUGGUGUCCGGUGAAGAACCCCUUCCUCUCUUCACUUCACCCUGCGCUCAUGUGCACCUAGCCCUUGCUAAACACCUUUUUCCUGUCCCCUCCUUCAUGCAACAUCACCCCCACAGGCCUAAUUUAAAGCUGUGUCAACUCUACUGAAAGCCUAUUUUUUUUUUCCUUUUAAAAUCCUCUUCCUCCCCUCCCCCCACUUCAACCAGGUGUCUUUCUCUUUCUCCUGUGUAUGCCUGUGUGCGUGUGUGCAUGCAUGUGUGGCUCUUGCUCCGUCUUCCCUCUUUCUCUCUUUCUCUUGCUCUCUCUAAGCAUGCAAAAUGACCAGUCCAUGUGUACAUAUGCUCAUCCUGUUGUAGAUAAUGUCCUAGUGUGAGACAAGAUGCAGAGAGAUCACUUAGGCAGAGAAGAGGGAUGAGGAGAGAGGGGCAGCUGCAAAACAGGUUCACAUUGUGUCCCCUCUCCUGUGUCCUCACCAGCUUUUUGUCUUCUGGCCACCUUGCUUGCAAGAGUCAGUCUGCACUGUUGUCUGGGCUUUUUCUCCUCUCCUACUUCCAGCCUGUUUGGCUCUUAGCCCCCAAGUACCAGCGUAGCAGCUCUUGCUAUGCAUGAGUGCUUGCACACGUGCAUGGGGGUGUGCAAUCAUGUGCAAUUAUCCAAGCAAGCAGAAGAAACCAGGACUGGCCUACAACACUAUGGACUGAAGAGUGCAGUCACAAUUCCUCCUGGGGAUGGGAGGCUGGGCCGGUGGGAUGUGAGUGAAGAGACCUUGGACGUCACCAAGCAGCCAUUCCUUUUAGAUACAGUGUGCAUAGGAAUGAUACCUCAACAUGAAAACCACAAUCUGGUCAUUCCAAAUGAUUUUGGUAGACAUGCAAAAAUAGAGCCAAUACCCUUUUCUGUUGCUUUGUUGGUUUUGUUCUUACUGUCCUCCCCAGUAUAAAAGGAAAUGUAGGCUGUGUAAGGGUGAGUGUGUGCGUGCGUGUGUGUGUGUGCUGUAUAUCACUGCUAUUACAAAAUGCACUGCAAAUUCCACAUUUGAAAGAAAUUGGGUCAGAAAAUGUCCAGGAUCUGUGAAUGUAAGAAAUAAAACAAAUGUCAGGUCCAAAAUCCUGGGCUUACAAAGAAGGAGCUUAAAAUGAUGCAGUGAAGGAGUGGGCAGUACAAUUUCCCCUGCUCUUCUCUUAUCUCAAGGGUGCUGGUUUGUUUGGAGAGUGCCCCACACUUCCCAUGUGGCAGAAUCACAUACAGAGGUGCCAACAAGAGAGGCUUUAGUGGUUCCCAAAUGAGGAGGCAAGAAAAAGCUGUGAGAAACAGGACUGAGAAAAUGCUAGGUGGUGCAGACCAGCACAAGGUCUGCUGCAAAAGCCGGAGUGAGCAGGGGCUGUAGUGCCUGUGUGUGGGUGGGGGCAGUGGGGAGAAGAAGACUCCUGUGUCCCCUGGCACAUCACAAGUCAUAGUACCCACCAGCAGCAAAGUUGAUAAAACACAGGUCUUAUCAGGUAGGCCUUUUUUGGAGAGAGGGAUGGGCAGGGGAGAGCUUGAUUUAGCCCAGUGAAGUCAAGUGACCAUCCCACGACAGUACAGUGUUUUACAGGUGCUCAGCCACUCAGCUUUCAAGCAGCAGCCAGUUUGCUCCUCUGUGUUUGCCCUGGGCACCAGGGCAGUGGCAGUACCAGCUGUGCUCACAUGCAGGCAAGGGGGAAACAGCUUGGCCUUGCAGUGUGCAGGAGGGGAUACCCGCCAGGUGUCCCCUGACAGGAAAGAAAGUGGGAAUUGCUGCCUGUGAGCCCAUCCCCACCUUUGUGUAGGUGGGGCACAGUCUGGUGAGGCUUCUGCCUUGCAUUGCAGCACUGCCAGCGCUGCUGAGCUCAGCUGUUCCAAGAAGCAGCAGGCAUGCAAUUAAGCAGGCAGUCAAGGGCUCCUCCCAGGCAGCCAGAAGUGCAAGGAAAUUUAUUGAAGAGACACAUGAGAAGCUGAAGUUUGAGCACUGCAGGAGCUGCUGUGGGAUUGGAUGGUGGUAAUUUAUGCUCCUCCAGACCCCAAAGCCAUACCUGGGAGAGGAUGCAAGUUGCAAGUGGGCAACCAGUGCUUGAAAUCCACCCAAGGCAUCCAGGGAUGGCUCCCUUCCUCCAAAAUAGGGCAGUCAUUGAUGGGACUUGGGCAUUUCCUUUGGACACUGGUGUGUGUCAGCCGACAAAAAAAAAUGCCCUGCAUCCUUCAGCAUUCAGACAUCCCAGUCCUCGUGCCUAACCUUCAGGAGGGCCAUCUAAUUCAGAGUCUUAGUAACAAGUCCAGAUUUUCUACUGCAGCAGGCCUCCUCUUUCCCCUGGUACAGCCAUGAGCUGAUCCUGGUCCUAGAAGCCAGGUCUGGGAGCUGCACCCUUUCCUGCACACCGGCACGAAGGAAAACACCACAGUGCUCUUUCUCAGGGCUGUACCUAUGCCAGGAUUUAUUUGUUGAAAAGGUGGGCAGCCUGCAAUAUCUUGCUGUGACAGGCUGCUCCUAAGGGCUGAAUCAAGCCCACUUUAGGUUCUUUGAUGUCAACCCGAUUGCUAUGGUAGCACCUGUCCCAUGUGUUCUCUGCAUGUGUUUUUGUCACCAUGGGGUCACUCCUAGGCAGUGGGGUCACGCACAUCAGACUCGUACGGUGUAGUGGCGGUCAUCGAGUCCCAACACCUCAUUAUCUCACGUCUGUUGUGGUUCAAAGGAGUUUUGAAAGGAUGUUUUUAUAGAUGUCGAGGCAAAUGGUUAAAAGAGAGAUAUCUCACUAAAAGCAGGGCAUCAGUUUUUUGAAGCCAUCUGCCCAUUAGUGGGGGAAAUGGUCCCAGCCCCAGUGCUAGGAUCUGGUCUUUCCUGCAGGUCCUGGACAGAUCUUUGCCUCUGUUGCAUGACUGUGGAACAGGGUGAAAGCCAGUGAAUUGCAGACCUUUCUGAGAAAAGCCACCAACACCAAGUAUGCCUGUUGUCUGUAGAAGUGCUGGGAACCCUUCUCCUGGCAAUGUCUGUUCCUAGGGAAAUUGUGGGUAGGUUGGAGCUUGAUUUUCUCCAAGAGUCUAAUCCUUUGAGCUGCAGUAUGCCUCACAGGGUGCUGUAAAAAUCCCCCUGUUUCUCCUGAAUUCAAGCUGAACUCAAGCUCUCCUGAACUUUGAGGGACUGCUCAAAGCACCUGUUGAGAGGUGAGCCCAGAUAAAUAUAGGAAACACAGGCAAGGUCUAAUGAUUUUCCCAUUCUUUCUCCCCUCCAUCCUCUGAUGGAGAUGUUGCAAAGGCUUUUCUUGUGUCUCAGGCCCUUCUCUCUGAAAGUCCUUCUCCUAAUCAUCUCUUCGCCAUUUGCAUUGCUAUCUUUCCCAUCACCUCCCAAAAAGCUGUGUUCUUGCUUCCUGCUGCCUCUCAGCUGGUUGGGGACCAGGGAAGGUGGAUGUUUGGAAUGGGACACCAGUUCCUUGAGCUUGUCAGUGUAAUUGUGUUUGAUUGAUGGAGAUUUAACAUUUAGUGUUAUAAAAAGAUAUGAACAAAAUAGGAAAAAAAAAAGUAUUUCUUCUACUGGUUUGUAAAUAUUACAAGAGUUACAAGAGAUGUCUGGUAAUGUCAAAGCAGAGGAACAAAAACUUAGAUUUCAUAUAUGGCCCCAUAAUUGCUAGCAGAUUUCUAACCCUUUUCGGAUGACCGAGAGGAGGGGUGAAGGCAAGUCUUUCUGAAAGGAACUGGGCAGGGGAAAUGCAGCCACCCCAAGCCACAUGAACUCCAUGCAUGAUUGUAGCAUGUUGCUUGGAGUGUGUGCCUGGUCAGAUGGAAAACGAAGCAAACACCUGUCUCUGAACGGCUGGGAAGGGCAAUGUGGGAUGCUCCAGCCGGCCGACACCUGUAUCUUGGCAGUUGUGUUCAUUUCUGUUUGUUUGCAGCCCCACACUCGAGAGCUCGUUGCUCAGUGAUGCACCCUCUCCUCCCCCCCCAUAUCCGCUUUCUUCACCAGUGAAGUUGUGUCGCCCCAUGCUAACCCCGAGUGCAUGUGAAUGUGCCAUUCAUGGAGAUCUCAUUGGUGACAUGCAUUGUGUCAAGAGUUAGUCUUUGUCUGCACAUCUUUCUCACACCACUGACUGUUCACCACUUGGACAGAUCGCUCGUGCACUGCUGCUUGACCCACUUUUGGUCAAAGAACAUCCAAGCCCCACCAGCUCUUCUUAGUUCCAGGUGCAUCCAGACCAUGCCCCCAGGCCACCUGUCUGAGCAACACCAUUCUGAAAGUCCAAGUACACAGCAUGGACAAAACCACCAUCAAAAGCCAUGUGGUCUCCAGGCUGAGUAGAAGCUACACAUCUGGAAGGAAUGUGGGGGAGCAGCAGAAAGCCCUGAUGAAACAAGACAAUUUGGAAAGUCGGAGGAGUUAUGCUAGAAUCCUUCACAGACCCACCAGCAGAUGAUAUUUCAGCUCAGUUUUUGUGUAGUGUUUCAUCACUUUGCCCUUCCCUGGUGAGGGAAUCUACGGGCACAGGGAAACACCUCUUCUCCUCCCAACCCCUCACACCUCUGCUUCCUCUCCUCCAAGCAGACUGACCUGCAGCCCAAAUCAUCAUGGUGCUUGAUGUGAUGUAGCAACUAACAUGGGGGGCUGACCAAGACAGUAUGACAGAGGAGGUGCCAGGGGGGUGAGCAGUUCUCUCUCUAUCUCUCUCUCUCUCUCUCUAUCUCUCUCUCUCUCUCUCUCUCUCUCUCUCUCUCUCUCUCUCCCUCUCUCUCUCCCCCCACUAAUGGUGCACAAUCUUACUGCUUCUCUGACUCAAGGACACAAAACUUCUUGAGUUAGGGAUGCUGGGAGCAAACUAUCUUAUGGGAAGAGCAAAACUUGAGGCAGGGAAGUGAUGGAGAAGCUGGAUGGUAAUUUCCAAGCUGUGAUGCCGGUGGAAAAGGGUAGGGAUGAGUGCUGUCCAUCAUCCAUGCGCAGAACUCUCAGGUUCACCAGCGAGGAGACCAUGGCCUCUCAAUGCUAAUCUUAGAGUGGCUUCAUUUCCAGUGGGAUGCCCAGAAGAUGAUUUUUUUUAAUUGCAUGACUGCUGACUAAGAGUUGUGUCGCACCACUAAAAUCUUUCACUUUUCCUUCUUGUAACUUGCUAGAACAGUGAUCGGGCAGCUCCCACAGCCCUCAGAAUUUUGCCUAAUGGUUGGCCUCCAUUAGGGCAACAUAUGGUGCUUGCUGGUUGGUUCACUUGCUGUAACAGGGAGCAGAACUCAUCUUGGUGAGAGCACGUCGGUAUGGUCCUCUGUACCUCUGUGGGUCAAGGUGAUAGAGUGAGGCAAGGAGAUCUCCAAGGCAGGACUCGGGCAAGAGGAGCAGCUCUCCUAAUUAGCCCAGGCAGGCAUUUACUGCAGGCUUGGGUUAGCUGGUGCCACAGCAACUCAGAUGGCCCUGCAAGCCUUGUAGAAGUAGAGAAGGAGGGGGCAGUGACAGGGGGACAUGACUGCAGCACAGGUGGUGGGGGCUGCAUGAGCAGCAGGGCUUCUUGGGCAGCGCAACUGGGGAAGGGGCAGAAAUUGCAGCCCAGGUGGGCCCUUCUUUCCCUGCCUGUCCUCAUGGUGCAUAAGGAGCUCCCUCCUGGCCUCCCGGGGCAUGCUCACCAUGCACCAAAAUGGGCCUCAGUGAGUAAAGCAGUGUGGCACCACGGUGGCUCCAGCCGUGUCCUGAGGAAAGGCGUGUGGAUGUUUCUGUACGUAACAGAGGGGUCAUGGGUGGAGACGAGGAGCAAGGCCUACCUAGGAGCCAGCCAGUGGGGAGAGCACGUCCCAGGUGGGGCUGUCCUUCUCCAGAAUUGUGACAUUUGCUCCCCAUUCGGCCACACACAGGCUCAUACGCACACGCCCGCCAGCUCCACGGCACACAUGCUACAGGAGUGCUCCUGGGGUGCUCUCCUUCCCCACACCCUCCAUCACGCACACCCAGGCAGGCGCUCAGGCACCUGCUGCUGACCGUGGCUCUGUCUGUUACACACACCUACAUUAUGACCUCCUGAAGAGCAAGGAGAAGGCAUGGGCAUGCCUGUGCCUGUGCCUGCAGGAGCACACGUGUGUGCCAUGAAAGGGAGGAGGGGGCACAGAGCAGAAACUUGCCUCCACAGUGCCACCUCCCAAAAUCAUUCAACCUUCCCAGCUGGAGCCAAGAUUUAUCCUCUAGGCCUUGAGAAUGAAGUCCAGUCCCUUCUUCUUGCUACACAGUGGGGUGGUUAGAACUCUCCUCAUUAACAGUGUUAUAUACAUAUAAAUAUAUAUAUAUAUCUAUAUCUUUAUAUAUAUUUUUCCCCAGCACUGUAGACAUGAGCUGAACUUCUCUUUAAUGAAACGAGAAAAUGGCCAUUUUAUUUUUUGCCAUUGUUUUGGUUUUGAAACUAGCUCUGUGAAAGAAAAUUUUAAAAACGCAAGUGUGUGUGUAAAAGAACCAAUCAAAAAAUUAAACAACCCAACAAAUAAAUGAACAAAACCCAGUGAUGGAAUAAAAAAAAAAAAGCUUUUUAUUUUUUCUUUUCUCAAUGUAUUUAACUUCUGUUAUCUCGUUUCUGUUUCUUUACAUGUAUGAAUGCUCUGCUCUUCUGUGAUCUUAAAAAAAAUACAAAAAAAUACAAAAAUUAAAUAAACAUGAAAAGGAA